CCACACUCGAUUUCGAUUCUGCGCGCUUGCUUUUCGUUCCACACUUUUGUUUUGUCCCCACGAUGCAGAGCACCGGCAAGAAACGCAUUGUGUCGUCGUGCAUUCCGUGCUACACCAGGAAACAAAAGUGCAACCGUCGCUACCCCUGCGAUCACUGUUCACGUCGUCGACGCCCGGAGGAGUGCGCAUACUACCCUUCGCAGGCAUUGCAGGCUGAGCACACGUCGCUACGAACCCAGAGGAUAGAGGAUCGUGACAACGAACAUGAUCAACUCACCGCGAAUCACGAUUUCCAGCCGCAAGACAGCGAAGCUAUUGAGACUGCCACUAACGCCCUGACGAAUUGGAAUAACGCAAGACCCCGAAGUUUCACAUCCGGCUCAAGCAGCAACUCCAUUGCGGAAUCAUUUGGAUACUUCGAGUACAGCGAAUGCAAUACCAUCGCCUUGGUUCGCAAGCUAGGACUGAAUAGCGGCGAACACCACGGCAAUCAGGACGUUACUCGAGAGGCGUCCCUGGAGGUCGAACAAGAAAUGAACAGGAUGCCUGAUCGUCAAAUCUGCGACUUCCUGGUCCAGUAUUAUAUCGACGAUAUUCACUGGAAGGAGCAGCUUGUGCACCCACCAUGGUUCUUAGCACAGUAUCAACAACUGUGGAGCUUGGGAACUGUAUCAUCCGUCUUCUAUGUAGAGUUCGUGGUACUACUCAUGCGAAUGUGUUCGUACGCAUCCCAGUUCCUUCCUUCACCGUCACAUCCUAUCGACCGCAUUCGCAGAAUGUCUUUGUCUGAGAUCCGUACGUUGUGCGAUGACAUCGCGGAGAAGCUAGCUAGUUUAUGUGCGCGACUUGAUGCCAGAGGCUCUUUACUACGCGUGCAGCAUCUGGCGCUCUUGGGAUUGCGACUUCAGUGUGAAGGGCAAAACAUGGCCUUCUGGGAAACGCUCAACAAAGCUGCUCUGGUAGCUCAGAGGGCCGGCCUCCAUCGAAACCACACAGUCCACAUGCCAGAGAUGCAUGGACUGGAACAGGAGAUGCGACGGAGAGUGUUUUGUAACCUCUACGUUUGGGACAGUAUGCUCUCACGGCAACUCGAUCGUAUCCCGUUUCUUCCCGCCUCCCUAGACACGGACAACCUUCCGCGAAUGCAUCUUGCGCCCAUUCUGGACGACGACAGUGCCCCAGAAGCAUUCUCAGAACGGAUGUUGCAGGCUCGCUUGGCCACUUUCUGGCGGAGAUUCCCCUCGACAUCGUAUACAGAGUAUGACGCGACUGCGACCGAGGAAAAGUAUGAGCAGUUCUGCUCUGAGUUUCUCGCUAAUAUGCCUGCCGCGUUCGCUCUUCAGCCAAGCGAGCAGUGGGACGAACAAUCACGACGCCUACCUAUGCAGCGGCAGAUUCUGCAUAUCGCCAUAUACGAGAGUCUAUGCCAAAACUAUCGUGACUUAUUGCUCUGUACAGCUGCUCAAGUUCAAAGACUUCCUGCGUACAAACAAGUCCUGCUAGCCUCGCAGAAGAAGGCACUCGCGGUGGCAGCACUCAAGGUGCUGGACGAAGUCUCAGAGCUGCACGCGAAGUUGGGAGGGUCUCAUACCAGAUUUCCGGGCAUUAUAUUACCGACAUUCGAAGCUGCAGUGAUUCUGAUCGGCGUAUGUAAGGACGCCGAGUUCCCGGCUGGUAGGGUGAUUGGCACGGGCCAUACAUCCAAGAUUGAUCCUCUCGGCUCAGGCGCACCACAUCUCAGUCGCCAAGGGUGCUUUCAAGCCACGAGAGAUGCACUCGAUCGCCUAAGAACCCUGGCUGAAGUCAGCGUCAUGGCUGAAGAAGGUGCGAACGCGUUGUCCUGCCUUCUGAACGAGAGAAACGCGUCCGAUUCCACAAGCAUGGGGCCACAUGUCUCUAGCCUCAGCGCAGAAAGCGCGUCAUCACCACUGAACAUCGCAAAUCUGGUUCAGGCCCAUCAGCCGGCGAGCGACACCUCUUCGUGGCCGACGUCUGCUUCAUCUCCAUCAAUGCUCGACACGGGCCUGCUUAACGAUUUUCUGUACAGUCCUCUUUCGGACAUCUCGCGAAGGUAGAUAUGCUGC